CGAACAAACCCGUUGGAGUUAUUAGAUGAAACACAGUUGCAAGAGACCCAUCAUUCUGUCAGAUGUUUGUUAUAGAAAGGCUUAUUUAAGCUACUGGUCUCUCACACACACACCCCCUGUCCGUGUUCCCUGUGCCUGGAGCCAGGUUGCAAUUAUUGUACCUGGGCUAGGCCGUACCAGGAACAACCAAACCAUCCAUAAUUGCAAGUCAUCAAAACCCAACCUUUUCUCUCUGGGAUCUUUGAUUACUGUCCAAACCAAGCUUCAUUUAUCAUGGCUGUUGACCUACACAACAGAGAUUCAUUAUUCUUGCCCUCCCAAUAUAAUCAUGCCGAGGAGAACACCAUUCUCGCUGUGGACAGUAAACCCACUAACCAAAACGGGUCUACGUCCUUGGCUUCAUCUGAUUUUGGGUCUGCCCUGAGCUCACCAACUGAAUCAGAACUUGGCUCAACUGAGUCGGAAAGUGACCAAGACGACGAUUACAUUGCUGAGCUGUCUCGUCAGAUGGCUCAUCACAUGCUCGAAGAUGAUGAUCAUGAAAGACAUGAAAAGACAUGGACUCUUGCUGGCUGGCCACAAUCAACAGCAUGGUCAGAGUUGGGCUCGAGCCAAGAAGAGGAGACCGUGGUGGUGAACAAGUUUGAGAAGUUCAAGAUCAAGGAAGAGGAAGAGAUUCGCAAGUAUGCCAAUAACGAGGGAUGUCUAAGCACUUCGCUCAAAACCCAUUCAGUCCCUUCUACUGUCAGGGAACCUGAAAUUUCCCCUGCCGAUCAGUUUCAGUCUAAGCAAGCUCUCAUUGAGAAUCAAAUAAAGUUCUAUAAGCUCAAAAAAUCAGAGCAGAUUAUGAAGCAACAAGAGUCUCUAAAUGGGGCAAAACGGUCCAAUUGGCAUAAACAAAACGACCCCAGACGACAAGUUAAGCAGUUUCAAAGCAAAGGGAGAGCUCGUGGUGGGCAGUUUACUAGUCAUUACGGGCAAAAGGUGUCAUGGGCUAAUCUACAACAACAACAUGGAACCGGAUCAGAGAUGAGAGCAGUUUUCCUUGGUGAUUCGUGUCUAAGAAGCGGGUCUGGUGGUGGCACGGGGGUGUUCUUGCCUAGAGGUAUCGGCAAUACUUCCGGGUCACAAAAGAAACCAGGUUGUUCAACUGUUCUUAUACCAGCGAGAGUAGUUCAAGCGCUGAAACUACAUUUUGACAAGAUGGGGGUUGCAUCAAGAUCCAAUGGUGCUAUUCUCCCUAUUCAGCACGAUGCUUUGAGUGGUGAUGUGAGAUGUGGCCUGCAAUUACCGCAAAAGAAGAGCCAGUCUCCAGCGAUGCCGGCAAUAAAUAGUCAUCAAGGAACCGGUUUGCCUCAGGAAUGGCCGUACUGACUUCACACAGGCAUAAUGCCUUGAUGCUUCCUCCUAAUGCCCGACCGAUUAUGUUGCUCAACAUGGCUGUUUUUGCCCAAGAAAGCCGAGUGAAUAAAGAAGAAGAAAAACAAGGACAUUGGUCAAAUUAUAGUCUUAUACAUCAUAGGAUGAAUCUAAACUAAUGCUUGUAAAUCCUCAAUAAAACUAUUGUUUUUCUUCGAAGGGUCGUGGUCAGAUUCAGAUAGAGAAAAAUAAAAAUAAAAUAAAAGUUCGUUAGGAAGAAACGAUCCAGCCCUGUUCCUCCUCCUCCUCCUCCUCCUCCUGUCUGGCUAAGGUCUGGUAUAUGCAAUUGUGUGAUCUGUUAUGUAGUUCCCGUAAUGAUUCAGCUGUGUAGAGGCCUAGAACUUCAAUGUUUAUUUAUUUUGUUAAUGGAAGCCUCAGUCUCUGGUAUUCGAAUA